GGACUACGUCACGCCUCGAAAACAGGCUAACGUCUGCGAAUCAGUCGACGGGGCCCGCGAGCCUUGAAUCUCCGGUGACGCACUUCCUGUUGAGAAACUUCCCGGUCGAGCAGCGCUCGUUGCAGUAAUUUUCCAUGUACGUGUACCAGGCCCAACUGCUUAGCGGGGAUGGCCUAGUAAAGAAGGGAUGGCUUGGUAAAGAAUAACGUGGACUUGACCCAACUUCCAGCCAGCUAAUCGUAUGACAUCACUUGUUGGUACAGGGGACUUCCGUUCCCCUGAUUCUACCAUCACCUCCCUGCUGGGAGGCUCUGGUCACCUGAGGAGCGGCCUCUUAUCUCCAGAAGUCAACACCACAAUUCGAUAUGGCGACAAGGACUAUGAAUCAGCAUCUGAGGCGCUGGAGGCCUACAUCGCCGACUUUGAGAGGGGACGUCAGGACGGAAGGGCGUCGACUGGAAGACUUGUCCUUUUCACUUCCCCCACAAAGCCCAAGAUGACACUGCGAAACAAAGAUGUUCUUCGGGAGCAGCUGACUGAUGGGGAGCUAGACUUCCUGAAUCUCCCAGCUAGCAGCCACCACGACCGUGUCUCCAUGACAACAGAGGAGCUUCUCACCAUCCCUUGUGAUGGUUCCAUGCCAGUCACCCGCACCUCUGCCUUCCUCCAAGGCUCCCUGCCCCAGUGUGUGGAUUGCCCCGUGUGCCACUGUGCUCUGCGUCCCCCACUGAAGCGACUACUGCACUAUCACCCAUGGUCCAGACCCAGACCUGGGCCAGAUGGGUUGAGGAGCAUUUUGACUGCACACCGUUGUACCCAUCCUUCUCAAAGUCCUCUGAGGACCCCGAGGCCCAGAGGAGGUCACCUAGUUGCCAUGUCGGGAGCAGAGUCUGAGGUUUCCUCCCUUCACAGCUUUAAGAUUACUGACAGAGAAACUGAGCUAAACAAGCCCCACCCCUGCUGGGUUUUCAGAACCAGAACCUCUAGUGCACCAGAUCUUGACUACCAGGCCUUGGUCCAACACUGCCAUGGGACCGGCGGGCCGCUACAAGUCCCGGAGAGCCCAGGCCAGCCUCUGGACCCUGACUCCAGGAUUCCUGCCUGGUUAGCGGAUCUCGAGGACUGCUGUGAUGAAGUUCAGGAUGACGAGUUGAUCCCAGAUCCUCCAAAGGACGGAGUGUGUGCUCCUCUUGUAGAAUAUGGGCAACAACCUGACACGUCAGAGAGUUUACUCAGAGAUGAAAAUAUAGUGUCAGACCCAGAAUGCUGAUUUGGACGGAUCCCUCAGCCCCGGUUGCCCUGGUAAUUUGCCCACACCCAA